AUGGCGUCACCCGCUGGAGACGGCAACCUGUACCCGAUCGCGAUUUUGAUAGACGAGCUGAAGAACGAGGAUGUGGCCGUGCGGCUCAACUCGAUCAAGCGCGUGACCACGAUCGCCCGGGCCCUGGGCGAGGAGCGCACGCGCAAGGAGCUCAUCCCAUUCCUCAACGACUGCGGCGACGAUGAGGACGAGGUCCUGCUGGCGAUGGCCGAAGAGCUGGGGGACUUCGUGCAGUACGUGGGUGGGCCGGCGCACGGCCACGAGGUGCUUGUGCCCCUGGAGACGCUGGCCACGGUGGAGGAGACGGUGGUGAGGGACAGGGCCGUGGAGUCGCUGUGCAAGGUGGUGGCGGAGCUGCCGGAGGCCAGCGUGACGGACUACUUCUCGCCGCUGAUCAAGAGGCUGUCGGCAGGCGAGUGGUUCACUGCCCGGGUGUCUGCGUGUGGCCUGUUUGCCGCUGCCUAUGCAAAGGCGAAGGUGCAGGUGAAGUCUGAACUGCGGUCCACAUUUGAGCAGCUCUGCCACGAUGAGACGCCCAUGGUACGGAGGGCGGCCGCUCAGAACAUGGGAAAGUUUGUGGAGUCUGUCGAGACAGCAUACGCCAGCAGCGACCUCUUCCCGCUGUUCAACCGUCUUGUUGCCGAUGAUCAAGAUUCAGUGCGGCUGCUGGCUGUGGAGGCCUGUGGGCCAUUCGCCCGCCAGCUGAGCGAAGAUGAUAUAAUGCAGAUGCUGCUGCCAGUUGUGAAACGAGUAGCUCAGGACAAAUCUUGGCGAGUGCGGUACAAUGUUGCAGAUCAGCUGUGCCAGCUGGUGAAGGCGCUCCCAGUGGAAGUUACAAGGGUGGAGUUGGUGCCCCUCUUCGUGUCACUCCUGAAUGACUCAGAGGCGGAGGUCAGGGUGGCAGCCUCGGGCAAGGUGUCCCAAUUUAGCAAGAAGCUGGAGUCCGCGACGAUCGGAAAGCACAUCAUACCCUGCAUGAAGGAGCUGGCACAGGACUCCUCACAGUACGUGCGCGCCUCUCUGGCGUCUGUCGUGAUGGAGAUUGCACCCCUGCUGGGGAAGCAGGGGACCAUUGAGCACCUUGUGCCAACGUUCCUGACGCUGCUUAAAGACAUCUACCCUGAAGUGCGGCUGAACGUGAUCAGCAAGCUAGACCAAGUCAACCAGGUAAUCGGCAUCGACCUGUUGGCGCAAAGCCUGUUGCCGGCGAUCGAGGAGCUGUCUGAGGACAAGCACUGGAGGGUGCGGCUGGCUAUCAUUCAGCACAUCCCGCUGCUGGCAGGGCAGCUGGGUGCAGACUUCUUCCAGGACAAGCUUGGGACACAGUGCCUCAAGUGGCUGGAGGACCAGGUGGCGUCGAUCCGCGAGGCGGCCACCACAACGCUGAUGAAGAUCGCACAGGAGUUUGGCCCGGACUGGGCAAGGGACAACCUUGUGCCCAGGGUCCUGGACAUGGUGCAGAGCCGGCACUACCUGUACCGCAUGACCAUCCUCACGGCCAUCGCCCAACUUGCUGUGGUCGUCAGCGCUGACGUCGUGCACUCCACAAUGCUUCCCGCCGUCAUCGACUGCGCCAAGGACCGCGUGCCCAAUGUCAAGUUCAGCGUGGCCCGCCAGCUGGAGCGCCUCGUGCAGGAGUCGGUGAUCGACCGCGCUGCCGUCACCUCCGUGGUGAAGCCCUGCCUGCAGGAGCUGUGCGAGGACAGCGACGUGGACGUGCGGUUCUUUGCGGGCCAGGCCCUGGUGGCAGUGGAGGCGACGCUGGCCGGGUGA